AUGCACUGGAAAAGAUCCACAGAAUCAUCUGAUCUUGUACUAAAAAUAUUUAUUCUAUUUAUUUUUCUCUUUUUCCUAUCCAUCCUGAAUGUAGCCACUAUCGAUGCUGAUGGACAGGGAUUUUGUCAAGGUGGAUUCAGUAUUGACUUUACAAAGGGAGACAGAGUGCUACUUGGAGGACCUGGAAGUUUUUACUGGCAAGGCCAGCUGAUUUCUGAUCGAGUAACAGAGAUUGUGGCUAAAUAUGACUCCAAAGUCUACAGUACAAAAUAUGAUGAACAGUUAGCAACCAGACCUGCCAGUGCUGCUUUUGAUGACAGCUACUUGGGUUAUUCGGUGACUGUUGGAGACUUCAAUAGUGAUGGCAUAGAAGACUUUGUAUCAGGAAUCCCAAGAGCAGCAAGAACUUUGGGCAUGGUGUCUAUUUAUAAUGGGAAAAACAUGUCUUCCAUGUACAACUUCACUGGAGAGCAGAUGGCUGCUUAUUUUGGGUAUUCAGUUGCUGCCACAGAUAUCAAUGGGGACAAUUACACAGAUUUGUUAAUUGGAGCCCCUCUUUUUAUGGAUCGAAGUUCUGAUGGGAAACUUCAAGAGGUCGGCCAAGUUUCCAUUUGCCUUCAACGAGCCUUUGGAGGGUUUCAGAUCACAAAGCUGAAUGGUUUUGAGAUAUUUGCAAGAUUCAGCAGUUCUAUUGCACCUCUAGGGGAUCUAGAUCAGGAUGGCUUCAAUGAUAUUGCAGUUGCUGCACCAUAUGGUGGAGAGGACAAGAGAGGACUUGUCUAUAUCUACAAUGGAAGAGCAAAUGGUUUGAAUGCAGUCCCAUCUCAAAUUCUUGAAGGGCAGUGGGCUGCUCGCAGUAUGCCACCCAGUUUUGGGUACUCGCUGAAAGGAGCUACAGAUGUGGACAAAAAUGGAUACCCAGAUUUGAUUGUUGGAGCCUUUGGUGUUGACACAGCUGUUUUGUAUAGGGCUAGACCAGUUAUUCGUGUAAAUGCUGCCCUGGAAGUUAAUCCAACCAUUCUAAACCCAGAGAACAAAACCUGUUCACUAUCAGAUGAAAAGGUUUCUUGCUUCAAAGUAAAGUUCUGCUUAAAAGCAGAUGGCAAAGGAAAGCUCCCUAAUUCACUCAAUUUCCAAGUGGAGCUGCUGUUGGAUAAACUUAAGCAGAAAGGAGCUAUAAGGAGAGCUCUCUUUCUCCACAGUAAACAGCCUAGCCACUCUAAGAAUAUGACUAUUACCAAGGGGGGCAAAAUGAAUUGUGAAGAACUCGAUGCCUUUUUGAGGGAUGAAUCUGAAUUUAGAGACAAACUAACUCCCAUUACUAUCUUUAUGGAAUAUCGUCUGGAUUACAGAACAGCUGCAGAUGCAACAGGAUUACACCCUAUCCUCAACCAGUUCACUCCUGCUAAUAUGAGCAGACAGGCACAUAUUCUGCUGGAUUGUGGUGAUGAUAAUGUCUGCAGACCAAAACUGGAGGUUUCAGUAGAAAGUGAUCAGAAGCAGAUCUAUAUUGGUGAUGACAAUCCCUUGACGCUAAUUGUCAGUGCUCAGAAUCUAGGAGAAGGAGCCUAUGAAGCAGAACUCUUUGUCAUCGUUCCACCCCAAGCAGAUUUCAUCGGUGUUGUUCGUAACAACGAGGCUUUAGCAAGACUGUCUUGUGCAUUUAAAACAGAGAAUCAAACUCGCAUGGUAGUUUGUGACCUGGGAAAUCCCAUGAAAGCAGGAACUAAGCUAUUAGCUGGCCUGCGUUUCAGUGUGCACCAGCAGUCUGAAAUGGAUACCUCUGUGAAGUUUGAUUUGCAAAUUCGAAGUUCCAACCUGUAUGAUAAUCUAAGUCCAGUAGCAUUCUAUCAGGCUGACCUUGCUAUUUCAGCAGCUGUUGAAAUUAGAGGUGUGUCGUCUCCUGAUCACAUAUUCCUUCCUAUUGCAAACUGGCAGCCGAAGGAGAAUCCAGAAACGGAAGAUGAUAUUGGGCCUCUAGUGCAGCAUAUCUAUGAGCUAAGAAACAAUGGUCCAAGUGCAUUCAGCAAGGUGAUGAUGACUUUGCAGUGGCCUUACAAAUACAAAAACUACACACUGUUGUAUAUUGUUCAGUAUGAAAUUGAUGGUCCCAUGAACUGCACUUCUGAUAUGGAAAUCAAUCCAUUAAAAAUUAAGAUUUCUGCUUCUAAAGAUGAUGAUAAGAAUGAAACACUUAGCAGGGAAGAUAAUCACAAUCAUCGUAUCAGUCGAAGGGAUAUAACUGCCACUGAAGGAGACGUGCAUACUUUGGGUUGUGGAACUGCUGAUUGCUUAAAGAUAAUCUGUCAAGUUGGCCACCUGGAAAGGGGAAAGAUUGCAAUAUUGUAUUUAAAAUCACGCCUUUGGACGCAAACUUUCAUGAAUAAAGAAAAUCAGAAUCACUCCUAUUCUCUCAAAUCUUCUGCUUCUUUCAAUGUUAUAGAGUUUCCUUAUAAGAACCUUUCCUUUGAAGAUAUCCACAAUUCUACAGUAGUUACUACAAACAUUACAUGGGGCAUUCAACCACAGCCUAUGCCUGUGCCAGUGUGGGUUAUAAUUUUGGCUGUCCUAGCAGGAUUAUUGCUCUUGGCUGUUCUAGUAUUUGUUAUGUACAGGAUGGGCUUUUUCAAACGUGUGAGACCACCUCAGGAAGAACAAGAAAGAGAACAACUGCAACCACAUGAGAAUGGGGAAGGAACAUCAGAAGCUUAAGCAGAGUUUUAUCUGUAAGACAUUCUGAAAUUUUUAAAUGCCUACAUCUUGGUUAUGGACAUUGCUUUUCCCUCCUAAGGAAAAAACACUCAUGACUGCAAAGUUGCUGGUCUCAGAAUGUACCAGCAUGUACAAAAUAAGAGCAAUUUAUUUAAAUCCUCCUUUUUGUAUGUAUUAUGUUUAUACAUGUGACUAAUGCAUCUGCACUGAUUUUUGUGUGGAAAAAAUUCAAUAAUAUGUAGUGCUAUGAUUUUGCUUAUUGGGAUGUAGGAGACCAUCUUUUUUUAUUCACAGACCAACUUUACAUGAAUUGCUACACAGAGUCUGUGCUUGCUCUUGAAGCCGACAGCUUCCAUAGAUACUUG